AUGACUAUCACCCUCGUCCCUGACAUUUUAUCAUCGUCUUUUUUGAGAGAAAUUAAGCCAAGUGAAAAUCUUACCGAUGAGAAUUUAUUGAGCCUACAUGCAAUCUUUGGCAAAAUAACUUUUGAAGCACUUAACUUGUUCGAAGAACGAGCUACAACGAAGGAAGUUUCACCCAGCGGAAGGUUUGUUUACAAGGUUAAAGGGAAAGGAGGUAGCGUGUAUUGCAGCAGGACUGCGCAUUUCUGCUCAUGUAUGCAAGGGAAAACCUUACAGGCCUCUCCAUUAGGACGUCCAUGGGUAAGUUAA